GAGCGUUUGUUAUCUGCGUUUUGUUUAACAAGCAACUUAAUGAUUUAGCUGUUUCAGCAGCUAAUUGGGUAGACAUCUGCAUAGCUAACAUUUAAAUAACGUUAAGAGAUAUAGUAGUGUUAUAAAACUCUUUACAUUUAUCUGCUAUUGGCAAUGAAGACACUUUAAAACACAAACGCAAGCUGUUUGGAAUUUCGGGAUAUUAUAUAAAUGUAUAAGUCUAACCUCGAGGCGCAUGAAUUCAAAUUUGAGUGCAUUUCUACUCUUUAACACUGUAACAAGCUCCUGGGGAAAUUAAAGUUUACGAGGAGCACUGAACGCAGCAGAAGGGCAUCGCGCACUCACCAGGGGGCGCUACGCUCCUCAACCACUUGGCCGUUUAUCUCUUUUAUCUGUUCGAAGAAGUGUCCUUGGUGUUGUUGUCAAAUGCAUCGCGCGCGCCGCACUCCGAUGACGGACUGACGCGCGAGGCAAGCAGAAGGUUUGGAAAGCUUUAUGGGACAAAGCAGUUCCCAGGGGGCCAAAAUGACUUCUCCCGUCCGUGUGAUCGUGGUGGGAGCUGGAUGUCGAGGAGAGAUCUACUCCCAGUUUGCAUCCAUCCACCCUGAUCGCGUUAAGGUUGUUGGAGUUGCUGAUCCAAGGAAAUUUGCUCGCACUAAACUUAAACAGCAACACAACAUUUUAGAUGAAAAUGUAUCUGAAGACUGGAACAGUAUGGUUGAAAGAGAGAAGUUUGCAGAUGCGGUUUUAAUUUGUACUCCAGACCGCCUUCAUAAGGAACCUGCGGUGGCCUUUGCACAGAAAGGCUACCAUAUUCUACUGGAAAAACCAAUGGCAACAACGGCCGAAGACUGCACAGCGAUUGUGGAGGCUUGCACUCGGAGUGGCGUGAUGCUCUCCGUGGGUCACGUUCUCCGGUACGAUCCCGUCAUCCACAAGAUAAAGGAACUGAUCAAUGCUGGAGUCAUUGGUGAUGUGAUGCACAUUCAGCACCUUGAGCCGGUCGGGUUCUAUCACUUUGCUCACUCGUUUGUUCGAGGAAACUGGAGGAAUGAAGCAGAGAGCUCUUUUGCUCUUCUGGCUAAAUCGUGCCACGACAUCGACCUCAUACACCACUGGGCCGGACCACGCAGGUGUGUGAAAGUGUCAUCAUUUGGAUCCGUCGGCCACUUUGGAAAAGAAAACAAGCCGACAGGUGCUGGAAAUCGCUGUGUGGAGUGUUCGAUAGAAGCAGACUGUCCAUACUCGGCAUCCAAAAUCUACUUGAAUAGAGUGAAACAGGGUAACACUGGGUGGCCUGUAUCAGUCAUAUGUCCGAACUCGCUCCCGGACAUCGAGUCAGUAACCGAGGCCCUGAGGACCGGACCCUACGGCCGCUGUGUGUACGAGUGUGACAACGACGUCUGCAGUAACCAGGUUGUCAACAUGGAGUUUGAAGGGGGUCUGACGGCGGCCUUUUCCAUGGUCGCGUUCACUGAGGAGAUAUGCAAGCGGAAAACGACAAUCUAUGGCAGCAAGGGGGAGCUGUCAUGUGACGGUCAUGAGGUCCGCGUGUUUGACUUUCUGAGCCAACGAUCCACAAAGCAUACGGCCCACAAUGACGCCCCCAAGGUCUUUGGCAUGAGUGGACAUGGUGGAGCAGACUACCACCUAAUGGGUGCCUUUAUUUCUGCUGUGGCUAACAACGAUCCAUCCCACAUCCGUUCGGGUCCUGAAGAGACACUGCUGAGCCAUUUGCUGGUGUUUGAAGCGGAGCGGUCUCGACUGGAGAGCAGGGUGGUGCACUGCGGGGACAUCGGCAAAAGACCGAUGACUGAAAAACACGUUGACAUUAAAACGACCUGAACCUCCAUAAUCAAACAUUGUAAUGAAGCUUGGCACCUGAGGGAAGACUCUCCAAAAUACACAUUUAAGCGUUAAUUAUACUACACUUUUUAUUUGUCUGAAGAUUCCUCCUAAAAUUAAAUUUGAAUAUUUAAACGUCGCCAAUGAUUAUAUCAAUGUAAGUGAUCAGCUGGUGGUAUCAGUUAGCAAAGUGUUUUACCCACUGUAGGUUCAAAAUACCACAAAAUGAAGGGAACUACUUAUUCCUCUUACAAGCAUUUUCUGAUGUAUAUGAUAAAAACAGAUAUCCACAAUCUGCUCUUACAAACCAUGUCAACAAAGUGAAAGAAGAGAUUAUGAUGUAGCUUUAACUUUAGCUUUGUGCACAUUUUUUAUUAGAAUCCGUAAUAACAGUAACAAAUGUCUUUACGUGAGUUUAAUGUUUAUAGUUGUGACCUUUAAACCAAUCAAACGAGGGCCAAAUCAUGGAGUGCAAAGAGGCUGACUCUUUAGUUUAUAUUGCUCAGAGAUUUUAUUUGUGUGUAGUUUGUUUUGUAUGAAUGAGUGAGGUGAAAAGGGAUGAGUCAAUGAACCUGUUUUUCAAUCUGAAGGGCCGAGUCAAGAAUGUGAUAAUUUGUUGUUAAGCAUGUCAUAUUGAGUUCAUGUAAAGUUGUCCUAUGAUUUAUGGUGGAAAACGUAAAUAUAAUUAAAAUUGUGAAUUAUUGUCGUGCCACUCUCA